AUGUCGGCUGCUCCGACGCUGCCAAGAGCGCAAAUCCCAGUCGAGCACCUGCAGAUCCUUUUGCAAAGGUUCGAAUCACUGCUGUCGUCCAUAGUGGGCUUGAAGGAAGAGAUCUCGGUGGUGCCGGGAAUGGAUGAAUGGCCAGCGCUGCUGCAUCGGUACACCAAUUUGCUCUCCCACGCCUAUUCGCUAUCCUCUUCCCUCCUGUCGGCCUCGCCUCAUUUCCUGCCGUCGCAGCUCGCGUCGUUCAACAAGGUACUCGAAGCCGAAGCAACCAACGCAAACCUGUAUGCCGAUGCAGCAGAGUCAUCUACGCUCUUUGGAGGCAUUCUCGCAGGUCGUUCUAGUGGCGUUGCCGAUGACGGCGUCAAGGCUACCGCCGACGGUCUGCCAGAGCUCAGCUUUUACGAUCGCAACAAUCCACUGCCGCUUCUGCUCGCACAUCCAGUGCUUCCCAUUUCUGAAGAACACAUCAACUUCCUCGGCGCUCUGCUCCGAACAGCACCAGAGGCCGACAUCCUCAAAGAAGAAAGCAGGCUGGUCGAAAGCUACGAUGCGUCCACAGCGGCAGACUUUCAGGGCGACGUGAAUGCCGAGCUCGAAGACAUCCAGGAUGAGAUAUCGAGGCACGACACGCUGGCGCUUCGGGCGUUGCGCAUCUGGUAUCACCUUCGAAAUGCUCCCGACGAAGAAGGCAACGUUUUGAAUGUACGCGAACGCAUAGCCGCCGUAGACCAAGGGGAAGAUGAUGCAGGGAAGGAAGAGGAAGGAAAUGACUCAGACGGAGACAGCGAUGACGAUUCUGAAGAUGGCGCUGAAGCCAGAGCAGCACAUCUAGAAGAACGACAGCGGCGACGAAUGGAGCAGAAUUGCUGGACCGCUGAUGCUGUUUCGGCGUUCCUGCGCGGUCAUACAACCAGCCUUUGA